GAGAUUGUGUCAUCUGUGGAUCUGUGGGGCAGUAUGCGAAUUGGAGUGGGUAUAGCGUUUCCGGUUUGAUGCAAGCCAUGACCAACCUUUCAAAUCACUUUAUCACCUGUCACGGCCGUCGUCGUGGAAAUGACCAGACCAAGUACAGUCAGUCAGCCAGCCAGUAGAUCAGUAGAUGUCCACCCCUACGGAGCAUGCGGGUGGUAUGUCCCAGCCCCACCCGGGUCCCUCUCCGUGCCCAGGCCGGUCCCCAGGACCAGGCCCCUCCCCUAGCUCCGGACCCCCCAGCGGACCCCCCAGCGGACCCCCCAGCCUACAGGGGCAGGGGGCUGGGGACUACCUCCAGGACACCAUGCUCCCCAUGCACCAGCCGAUGGAGGGCGUUGAUGAGAAGGGGAUGGGAGAUGAGACGAACUAUGGCCAGAUGAAGGGAGUUGGGAUGAGGGCACUACACAGCGGAAUGGGCCCUUCACAGAGCCCUCUGGACCAGCACAUCAACCAAGGCUACAUGCCCCCACAACCCUCCCCCUGUGUCCCAGAGCACGCUUCCAGCCCCCUAUCCAGGGGCGGCCCUACGCCUCCCAUGCCCCCUCAGAUGUCCCCCGUCCCGUCGGGCUCCAUGAUACCCCAGAUGGACCCCCAGUCAGCCAUGGGUCCACAGGGGCCUCUUGGUCGUGGCUGCUCCUCCUUCAGCCCAGUCCAAUUACAGCAACUUCGGGCCCAGAUCCUGGCCUAUAAGAUUCUGGGGCGGGGCCAACCACUUCCUGAAAACCUCCAGCUGGCGGUCCAGGGCAAGAGGAGUCUGCCCACCAUGCAGCAGCAACAACAGCAGCAGCAGCCGAGCACUGGCAGCCCCUACAGCAGGCCUCCUGGUAUGUCCUCUAUGUCUGGCCCUCAGUCAGGCCCUGGUCCCACCAUCACUAUGCCAGGACAAAAUCAGACACACGGAUCCAAACCCUGGCCUGAAGGCCAAGGUGGUGAUACUCCCAGCAACCCCCAGAAGCUUCUAGCUCCGCCCCCCAGUGGUAGACCCUCACCUGCCCCACCCCAGGCCCCUCCUCCUGGACCCAUGUCCGGCCCCUCUAUUACCCAUCAGCCCCAGGGACAGCAGCCGUCGCCCGUCAUCACACUGCAACAGAAACAGAACCGCGUUACGCCCAUCCAGAAACCACAGGGCCUGGACCCCACAGAGAUACUGCAGGAGAGAGAGUACAGACUGCAGGCUCGUAUCGCUCACCGGAUCCGGGAGCUGGAGAGUCUACCUGGAGCUCUGCCUCCGGACCUGAGGAGUAAAGCCACGGUGGAACUCAAGGCUUUGAGACUUCUCAACUUCCAACGACAGCUGCGUCAGGAUGUGGUCCAGUGUAUGCGUAGAGACACCACCCUGGAGACGGCCCUGAACUCCAAGGCUUACAAGAGGAGCAAGCGCCAGACGCUGAGGGAGGCUCGCAUGACCGAGAAACUGGAGAAACAGCAGAAGAUGGAGCAGGAGAGGAAACGCAGACAGAAACACCAGGAGUAUCUGAACAGCAUCCUGCAGCAUGCCAAGGACUUUAAGGACUACCACCGCUCUAUCACUGCCAAGAUGCAGAAGCAGAACAAGGCCAUCACCACCUGGCACACUAACACAGAGAGAGAACAGAAGAAAGAGACAGAGAGGAUUGAGAAGGAGAGGAUGAGGAGACUCAUGGCGGAGGAUGAGGAGGGCUACAGGAAGCUGAUCGACCAGAAGAAGGACAAGCGUCUGGCGUAUCUGCUGCAGCAGACUGACGAGUACGUAGCUAACCUCACUGACCUAGUCUACGAACACAAGGCUGCACAGGCAGCCAACAUGAAGAAGAAGAAGAAGAAGCAGAAGAAGAAGAAUAUUGAUGAGAGCGGGGAAGGGAUGAGUGGCAUCGGGCCUGACGGGGAGCCCAUGGAUGAGAGCAGUCAGAUGAGUGAGCUGCCAGUCAAAGUGAUCCAGACAGAAACAGGGAAGGUUCUGCAGGGGCUCGACGCCCCCAAGUCCUCACAGUUGGAGGCCUGGCUAGAGAUGAACCCUGGAUAUGAAGUAGCCCCAAGGUCAGACAGUGAGGAGAGCGGCUCAGAGUUUGAGGACGAGGAUGAAGAGGAGGUCCCAGGAGUGUCCAGCCGGCCAGACUCUCAGUCUGAGGAGAAGAAGAUCAUCAAUCCCAACAGUGGCGAGUUCCCAGAGAAAGUAACCAAGCACAUUAUCGAGUCUGCAAAGCAGGAUGUUGAUGAUGAGUACACGGUGCCAGAGACUGAACUGACCAUCUUCCAGCAGUCCUACUACGGUGUGGCUCACGCCAUCAUUGAGAGGGUCGACAAACAGUCUUCGCUGCUCAUCAACGGCAUGCUCAAACACUACCAGGUGCAGGGUCUGGAGUGGAUGGUGUCUCUGUACAACAAUAAUCUGAAUGGUAUCCUGGCUGAUGAGAUGGGGCUGGGCAAGACCAUCCAGACCAUCGCCCUCAUUACAUACCUCAUGGAACACAAGAGACUCAACGGACCCUACCUCAUCAUCGUUCCACUAUCGACUCUGUCCAACUGGGUCUAUGAGCUGGAUAAAUGGUCUCCGUCCGUUGUGAAGAUUUCCUACAAGGGGACCCCUGCUAUGAGACGAGGCCUGGUGGCUCAGCUCCGCAGCGGGAAGUUCAAUGUCCUCCUCACCACCUACGAGUACAUAAUUAAGGACAAACAGAUCCUGGCCAAGAUCCGUUGGAAGUACAUGAUUGUUGAUGAGGGUCACCGUAUGAAGAACCACCAUUGUAAGCUGACCCAGGUGUUGAAUACCCAUUACGUAGCCCCACGGCGCCUCCUCCUGACGGGCACGCCACUGCAGAACAAGCUCCCUGAGCUCUGGGCCCUGCUCAACUUCCUGCUGCCGACCAUCUUCAAGUCCUGCAACACUUUCGAGCAGUGGUUCAAUGCCCCCUUUGCCAUGACCGGGGAGAGGGUGGACUUGAAUGAGGAAGAGACAAUCCUGAUUAUCCGCCGUCUCCACAAGGUGCUCCGCCCCUUCCUGCUCAGACGACUCAAGAAGGAGGUGGAGUCCCAGCUUCCAGAGAAGGUGGAGUAUGUCAUCAAGUGUGAUAUGUCGGCCAUCCAGAGGGUUCUGUACCGUCACAUGCAGGGCAGAGGAAUCCUCCUCACCGAUGGAUCAGAGAAAGACAAGAAGGGUAAAGGAGGAGCGAAGACCCUGAUGAACACCAUCAUGCAGCUGAAGAAGAUCUGCAACCACCCCUACAUGUUCCCACACAUUGAGGAGUCCUUUGCUGAGCACUUAGGCUUCCCGAACGGCGUUAUAAGCGGACACGAGCUGUACCGUGCAUCGGGGAAGUUUGAGCUGCUGGACCGGAUCCUUCCCAAGCUGCAUGUCACCAACCACAGAGUUCUGCUGUUCUGUCAGAUGACAUCACUCAUGACCAUCAUGGAGGACUACUUUGCUUACCGCAAUUUCCUCUACUUGCGCCUCGACGGCACCACCAAGUCUGAGGACCGUGCGGCGCUGCUGAAGAAGUUCAAUGAGAAAGGUUCCCAGUACUUUGUGUUCCUACUGAGCACCAGAGCCGGGGGACUGGGCCUCAACCUGCAGGCUGCGGACACUGUGGUCAUCUUUGACUCUGACUGGAACCCUCACCAGGACCUCCAAGCCCAGGACAGGGCUCAUCGUAUUGGUCAGAAGAACGAGGUGCGUGUUCUGCGUCUGUGUACGGUCAACAGUGUGGAGGAGAAGAUCCUAGCGGCUGCUAAGUACAAACUGAACGUGGACCAGAAGGUGAUUCAAGCCGGGAUGUUUGACCAGAAGUCCUCCAGCCACGAGAGGAGAGCCUUUUUACAGGCCAUACUGGAAACAGAAGAGCAGAAUGAGGAGGAAGACGAGGUGCCUGAUGAUGAGACUCUGAACCAGAUGAUCGCCCGUAAUGAGGAUGAGUUUGAGCUGUUCAUGAGUAUGGACCUGGACCGGCGGCGGGAGGACGCCAGGAACCCUAAAAGGAAGCCACGUCUGAUGGAGGAGGAUGAGCUGCCAUCUUGGAUCGUCAAGGAUGACGCAGAGGUGGAGCGGCUCACUUGCGAGGAAGAGGAGGAGAAGAUCUUCGGCCGAGGAUCACGCAGGAGAGGCGACGUUGACUACAGCGACGCCCUGACAGAGAAACAGUGGCUCAGGGCAGUAGAGGAUGGUAACCUGGAGGAAAUGGAGGAAGAGAUCCGUCUGAAGAAGUCGAGGAAGAGGAGGAGACGAGGGGAGAAGGACGGAGGGAGGGAAGAGGGAGGAGAGAAGGCAAAGAAGAGGCGUGGACGUCCCCCUGCCGAGAAGCUGUCCCCCAACCCCCCCAAACUCACCAAACAGAUGAACGCCAUCAUCGACACCGUCAUCAACUACAGAGACAGGUCUAACAGACAGCUGUCAGAGGUGUUUGUCCAGCUGCCGUCCAGGAAAGAGCUGCCAGAGUACUACGAGCUGAUCAGAAAACCUGUUGACUUCAAGAAAAUCAAGGAGCGUGUGCGGAGCCACAAGUUCAGGAGUGUGUCUGACCUGGAGAAGGAUGUGAUGCUGCUCUGUCACAACGCUCAGACUUUUAACCUGGAGGGGUCACAGAUCUAUGAGGACUCCAUCGUGCUCCAGUCUGUGUUUAAGAGUGCCAGACAGAGAAUCAUAAAGGAGGAGGAGAGUGAAGAGGACAGCGAUGAUGACGAUGAUGAUGAUGAUGAUGAUGAUGAGGAAGAGUCGGAGGCAGAGUCUAAUUCAGUGAGGGUGAAGAUAAUGCUAGGUAAGGAGUGUGGCGGUAGCAGCAUCGGAGCCCGUCACCAUAACAAGGACAAAGGCAAGAAGAGACUGAGUCGCUCCAAGGCCAAACCUGUCGUCAGUGACGAUGACAGCGACGAAGAUCAGGAUGACAACAAUCAGUCUGAGGAGAGCAGAAGUGAAGAUGAGUGAAGAAGAGGAAGGCUGAUCCUUUGGACAUAACAAGAAAAUCCUUUCUUUUAUUUUCUACAGUAUGGCACUUCUUCAAUCAUUUUGGUUUUGUUUAUUCUUUCUACUAUAUGGAUGUUUUCUGUCAGAGCUGUCCCCACCAUAGUGAUGGCAUGUGACUAUGUUAUUAGUACAGUACAGACAGGAUGACAGACAGACCUGGUUUUCUAUGGCAAUAUUCUUAUUAGUUUACCCUACAGGAAUAUUUUAAAGAUCAAACGUUGUGGAGAAUCUAUAUUUUAUGCGUGUUUGUACAUUUUAUAUAUUUAUGCUUUAAUUCAAUGGGAUUAAUAACAAAUUCAGAAUCAACAACAUUUGGUUACAAACAACACAUAUGCUUGCAAAUGCUUAGUUUAUAUAAUUGCUUUUUUAAAAGUGUUUAUAUCAUGGCAGUAUAGAUAUAACAUUACAUACGAUAUAUUUCCCACUACUCAGUCCCAUCAGCAUUAGUCUCCUAUAGAGCUCCCCAGCUUGUAGUCCUAACAACAGGAAAUGAUUUGCCUCUGGUUUGUCCAGCCGUUCCUAUGGGGAAAAUGAAUAAGGAAAGAAUGGGGUUUUGGAAUAAAGGCAGAAAAUAAGGUCUAAGGUUAACACAGGCUUAGGAGGUCUUAUAUGUUGUGUUUUAUGAUAUAAUAUCAGUCAGUUAACAUGACCUUUAUUAAACUUUAUGUUGUGUUUUUUUAUUACAUAAAUGCUUCAAAGUUCACAAGAAGUGAUGUUAGCUGGUGAAGAUGAUCUCAUAGAACAAAACGUACGAUCUCCUGAGCCUUUGUUUACCACAGACCUUAUUCCUCUGGUUAUCCAAAAACCGUACAAAAACAUUCAUUUUCCCAUAGGUUUUGUCCAACAAACCAUGGCGGAGUGAGUGCCUACAAAAAGACGCAAUUACGAUUUCUCUAUAUUAUCCUAAGCAAUAUCUUAAUCUCUCCAUACUGCAGUUUAACAGUUAGUAGUCCUAGCUGCUGCCAUUAUCUUAAUCUCUCCAUACUGCAGUUUAACAGUUAGUAGUCCUAGCUGCUGCCAUUAUCUUAAUCUCUCCAUACUGCAGUUUAACAGUUAGUAGUCCUAGCUGCUGCCAUUAUCUUAAUCUCUCCAUACUGCAGUUUAACAGUUAGUAGUCCUAGCUGCUGCCAUUAUCUUAAUCUCCCCAUACUGCAGUUUAACAGUUAGUAGUCCUAGCUGCUGCCAUUAUCUUAAUCUCUCCAUACUGCAGUUUAACAGUUAGUAGUCCUAGCUGCUGCCAUUAUCUUAAUCUCUCCAUACUGCAGUUUAACAGUUAGUAGUCCUAGCUGCUGCCAUUAUCUUAAUCUCCCCAUACUGCAGUUUAACAGUUAGUAGUCCUAGCUGCUGCCAUUAUCUUAAUCUCCCCAUACUGCAGUUUAACAGUUAGUAGUCCUAGCUGCUGCCAUUAUCUUAAUCUCCCCAUACUGCAGUUUAACAGUUAGUAGUCCUAGCUGCUGCCAUUAUCUUAAUCUCUCCAUACUGCAGUUUAACAGUUAGUAGUCCUAGCUGCUGCCAUUAUCUUAAUCUCCCCAUACUGCAGUUUAACAGUUAGUAGUCCUAGCUGCUGCUCAUGUAGAGAGAGACCACAUUCUGCAGUAUAUUGAUUUCAUUCUUUAUGGAUUGAAGUGCUCUGUUUUGAUUUACUCAUUUAGAUAUUAGAUAUCAGUUAGAUAUGAGUCAUUAAUCUAGUAGUGAUCUCUCUCUGUUACCCUGCAGUGUUGUUGUGUGGUGGUGUUGUGUGGUUGACUAGAUAGACAGACAGGCAGACAGGAUGACAGAUAGACAUACAGGAAGACAGGCAGAGAGACAGGCUGACAUGAAAACAGACAGACAGGAAGACAGCAUGGUAGAGAGACAAGCAAAGAGACAGGCAGGAAGAAAGACAGACUGGCAGAGGGAGGCAGACAGACAGGAAGAAAGACUGACAUGCAGAGAGAGAGGCAGGCAGACAGGAAGACUUACUGGCUGUAUCUCUCUGAAUGGUCUGUUCUGGUCUCUUCUGUUCUUGUCAUCUUUGUGGUUGUAUCAUCUUUGUAUUUGUGGUUGUAUCUCAAUGCCCAGAGCAAAAUAAAAUGAAUGAACUGAGUAUUA